GCUCUUCCUCGUAGUGCCGCUGGGACCGUUGGCGAGUGAGGGCGUGCAGCGCUUCCGUGUCCCUCGAGCCCUUGUGCGCUGCGAGCUGAGAGAGCAGAGCACGCGGGCGGAUCAUCAUGUCGCGUUACGGGCGGUAUGGAGGAGAAACCAAGGUGUAUGUUGGUAACCUGGGAACUGGUGCUGGCAAAGGCGAGUUAGAAAGGGCUUUCAGUUAUUAUGGUCCCUUGAGAACUGUAUGGAUUGCGAGGAAUCCUCCGGGAUUUGCCUUCGUGGAGUUUGAAGAUCCUAGAGAUGCUGAGGAUGCAGUACGAGGAUUGGAUGGGAAAGUGAUUUGUGGUUCCCGAGUAAGGGUUGAGCUAUCAACAGGCAUGCCACGGAGAUCUCGUUUUGAUAGGCCACCUGCCCGACGUCCCUUUGAUCCCAAUGAUAGAUGCUAUGAAUGUGGCGAAAAGGGACAUUAUGCUUAUGAUUGUCAUCGCUAUAGCCGGCGAAGAAGAAGCAGGUCACGGUCUAGAUCACAUUCUCGGUCCAGAGGAAGGCGAUAUUCUCGCUCACGCAGCAGGAGCAGGGGACGGAGGUCAAGAUCGGCAUCUCCUCGGCGAUCAAGAUCUGUGUCUCUCCGUAGAUCGAGAUCAGCUUCACUCAGGAGAUCUAGGUCUGGUUCUAUAAAAGGAUCGAGGUAUUUCCAAUCUCGAUCCAGAUCCAGAUCCAGAUCCAGGUCUCUUUCACGACCAAGAAGCAGCCGAUCAAAGUCCAGAUCUCCAUCUCCAAAAAGAAGUCGUUCCCCAUCAGGAAGUCCUCGCAGAAGUGCAAGUCCUGAAAGAAUGGACUGAAGUUCGAGUUCACCCUUUAGGGAAAAGCUAUUUUGUUUACAUUAUUAUAAGGGAUUUGUGAUGUCUGUAAAGUGUAACCUAGGAAGGCUAUUUCAACCAUCUAAUCAAAAUGGAUCUGGAUUAUUACUCUGUAAAUUCACAGCAGUAAGAUAAUAUACAUUUUUGUUGAAUGUAUUAACAUCCUAUGGUCUGAAAAUGUGGGUUUUUAUUUGGCACAUUUAAAUAAAAUGUUUCUAACUAGA